AUGGCUCUGAAGUGGUCACUGGCAAAUUCAAUCGAUUCUAUGUCAUUAAACUACGCUUGUCAUACUCAAGAAAUUAGCCCUCAUUCGACUCAUAAUCCUUCCGUAGGUAUCAUGUCACAUAUACCACAACGAGUAAAUCUGUCAUCAGAACGAGCCAAAGACUUUUUCCACUUCAAUAUUACAUACUAUUCACGGCGACAAUCCUCUUCUACUCAGACGACUCCAAACCACACGAUGGGUUCCUCGCAGGGAGAAAGUGAUAUCGAUUAUUCACAGGAAGAGGGUGAUAUUGAUUAUUCACAGGAUGAGAGUGACAUUAAUACUAUACAAGAAGAAAAUGUCAGCGAUCAGCAGAGUCGGGCUGUAAAAGACCUGCUGAAAGACUCACCUUUGGCCCCCGGCUGCUUCUUUUUGGGGCUUAAGAUAUGGCACCUCGGAAGAAAGAUCAAGAAGCUAACAAUGCCCGUAUAUUUCGAGAGCCAGUUGAGUGACUAUGCACUCUCUUCUACAACUUCUACAUCAAUACGGUCCAGAGUGGAUGCCAUCCUGCUGCAUACUCUGUCAGUGGCUAAGAAAUGGGCCCAAAGUGGCCAGAGCAAGCAUUUCCCGACUGAUCGAACAGAGAUCCCUUGCAUGCUAGAAUCAGUCAAAUGGAGCUACCAAGAUGAUAUCUACAUGGAGUACGCCUUUGAAGGUGAAACCUAUAGCUAUAGGCUCCCAGUGGACUAUAUGCUCUGGUACGGCAAUAGGGAAAAUUGGCAAGCAAACCUGAUUGUUAUCAGGGCAAAGCACCAGAUAAUCGAUCUGGAAGGAAGACAUAGCAAGCUGGCUCUGAAGAGGACACGCAAGAAGAAGAAUAUGGAACUACCUGUGAUGUUCCCCUCUGCUUCUUCUCGCGAGGCAGACAGUUUGACUAUCUAG